AUGGGAAAUAUGGAUAAUUUACAACUAUCUACAAACCUUGAAGAAGAAUCAAUAGCUAGUUUACAUCAUCCUAUUUCAGAAAGUAAGACACAAUUUGUAAUAAGUGAAAGUAGCAUUUUUGAUCAAUCAUGUAAAUCUAAUAAAUGUAUCUCUGGGUCUUUAGAGUCUAAAGGAGAUGAAAGUUUUAUAUUACUUAGGCAAUGGGAAAAUUUUAGAUUAGAAAAAACCCAUCAAUUUAUAAGUUUAUUAAAUCCUAUAUAUAAUGAAUUAUCUAAGUCAACUCUAGAAGCAAUACAAAUAACACAAGAUUUAGCUAUUAUAUUACAUUUAAAAGCUAAAUUGUGGAGAUCAUAUUCACAAAGUCUUGAAGGUAGUAUUAAAAAAAGGGUAAAGAGUAUAUUAGUAAAUAAAAUAUCAUCUAAAGAAUUUCCAAAUAAAUUGAAUGAUAUAGAAGAAUUAAAUGAAAUUUCAUCUUCAAAAUCAUAUAUAUUAAAUGAAUCUAACUAUUCACAAUCUAAAUAUAAUUUAAAUUCACAUAUGAAUUCUCUUCAAUUGGUUUCUUCUGUUUUUAGUACAAUGAAUACACAACGAGUUUGGCCAUUUAUUUUAUCUUAUUCAGGGGAACAAGAAGCUAAUUAUAUUAAAAAAUUAGCUAAUAGUAUAGAAGCUGAUGUAGUAAAUGGACAUUUAAGUUGGAUUGCAAAUAGAUAUAUGAAAAAUGCUGAUAACUUCUUAAAAAAUUUUUGUAAAGCACGUAAAGAAUUUGAACUUGUAGUAUUUGAAAUUAAUCAAUCAUGGUUAGAAUAUGAACAAGUUGCCGAAAAUUCACAAAAUAAUGAAUUAGAAGGUAUUCAUUUAAAAAAAAAUAAAAAUGCAGACACUUGGUAUUAUGACCAAUUAUAUAGACAUAGUACUAGUAAAUUUAUAGAAUUUCAAACAAAAUUUUAUAAUAUCUUAAUUACUACAAUUGAUAAUUUGAUGGAAUUAGAGGUUUGGCGUGCAUCUUCUGUACAACAAACAAUAAAUUACUUUUUAUUUAUACAAGAUGAAUAUAUUGAGUUUAUACAAAAAUUGGGGAAAGUUUUUAAUAAUGUAAUUAAUAAUGAAGGGAAUAUAAUAAUUGAAGAUAAAACUAAUAAUAUAGAUAUAGUAACAUCAAUACCAGGACUUAGACCACCUCCAAUACCUAUUACAGAUAUAAGACUAUCUAAAAAUUAUUCAGUUGUAUCAGAUUUACCUUUAAUAAAGUUUAUUACAUCUUUAAUGGUAUAUUCCAAACUUCCUAAUUCAAAUUUAGUGAUAUAUCAUGGUCAUAUAGAAAUUAAGAAAAAUCAAUUAUUUUUAAAAAAAUGGUUAUCAAGAUAUUUAAUUUUAACUAAAGAUAAAUAUAUUUAUAUUUUAAAUUCAAGAGAUGACAUGGAAAUGGAAGAAUUACUUAAAUAUAAUGAAAAGCCAUUAUGGAGUUGUAAUAUAGCAUUAAAUAUUAUAUCAAUACAAAAAAAGGAGAAAUAUGGCAAUAGAUGCUUCUUAUUAAAAUUAAAAGAACAUGGUUUUAUAAAAAAAUCUCUUUUAAUAAGAUGUCCAAAUGAAACUGAUUGUGAGAAAUGGAUUACAUCUUUAUCUAUUGCAACUAAAAAACAAUUGGAUAAUUUUACAGAUAAUAGUAAUAAAUAA